AAAAGAAAAAUUAAAUAAAAACCUGCAAUGUUGCUACAAAAGUUCUGCACGCGGGCGCUGCACACGACACGAAUGGUGUAUGCCAGUGGAACGGGCGCCGGUUUGGAAAAGAGUGCCCUGGCCGCCCUACGCAAGAAGACCGGCUACACAUUCGCCAACUGCAAGAAGGCCCUGGAGUUGCAUAACAACAAUGUCAACGAGGCGGAGAAAUGGCUGCAUGCACAGGCACAGAGUCUCGGCUGGACCAAGGCAACCAAAAUGGCAGAUCGUGCCACGGCCCAGGGCCUGGUCGGGGUUCUCGUACGCGGCAAUCUAGGCGCCAUGGUGGAACUCAAUUGUGAGACCGAUUUCGUGGCACGCAAUGAUGUCUUCAAGCGCUUCGUGGACCAUGUCGCACGGAUCUGCCUCCAAUACACGGAAGAGAUUGAAUUUGACGGAGAUCUCUGGAAGCUUGGCUAUGAAUCAGAAGCUUUGAAGAAUCUUCCCACUGAUGAGGGCCGCAAUUUGGGCGAUCACUUGGCUCUACUUAUCGGCGCCGUGGGCGAAAAUGCUACCAUUAAGCGUGCCAUCUGCUUCAAGGCCAAACAUGACAUUAAUUUGUGCGGCUAUGCACAUCCAGCACCCGCCAAUGUGGGCACCACUGAGGACACCACACAAGUGGGCAAAUAUGGUACCAUUCUGGCAUUCCGUUCCGACAUUAAGUACCCGGACUAUGAGUUCCAAAAAAGCAUUUGCCAACAAAUUGUGGGCCUGAAGCCAAAGAAGAUUGGUGAAUACGGCAAAGACAAGCCGGUCGAGAACAAGGACGACGAGACGUGCCUUAUCCAUCAGGAGUAUCUGCUGGACGCGGACAGAACUGUCGGAGAAAUUCUCAAAGAGAACCAGACCACAGUGGUCGACUAUCAUCGGUACGAGUGCGGCGAGCCGACCAGAGGCAAUCUCGACGAAAUUAUUCGCUCCCGAGAGCAGAGUAGCAAUUAAAUAGAUCUAAAGCCAGACGACUGCAGCAUGCAACAUUGUUAUACACCAAACCAAAUUGUUAUACCGAAAUUCUGGACAAAAUUUGCAUGUUGAAAAAGAACAAUAACUACCA